AUCAAAUAAAUCACAUUAAAUAAAUAAAUCUGAAAUAUUUUAAAAAUUUAAAUUAAAUUAAAAUAAUUAAAAAAAUAAAAAUUAAUUAAAAAUAAAUAUUUAAAAAAAAUUGAUUAAAUUAAUUGGAUAAUUAAUUAAAUUUUGAUAAAAACUUACAAAAAAUAAUUUUAAAAAUAAUUAAAAUAAAUUAAACACAAAAAAAAUCAAAAUGAAAACCCGCACAAUUUUCAAUCCUGAAACCAAAGUAUGGUCCGCCCCCACCAGACCCUACACUUUCGGUGAAAAAUCCGUUGGCGAAGUAAUAAUGGAAUCGCUGAAAAAUCGCCCAGAUCGCAUUGUUGAAAUUUGUCAUGAUACCGGACGCAAAGUAACUGCCCGUGAAUUGCACAAAGAAAGUGUCAAUGCUGCUCGAACGUACCUCCAAAUGGGACUCAAGGAGGACGACGUUGUCUUAUUGCUGCUAAACAAUCAUCUUUUCGUCUCGCCCAUGGUUUUGGGAGCAUCUUACAUCGGUGCCACUUUCUGUGCUUUGGAACUCGGACUUAGUCGCAAAGAUUUGCGCAACUUGAUUUACCAAUUGCAACCGAAAGUUAUUUGCUGCGAAAAAACGGAAUUUAUCAAAGUAAAAUCCAUCACGACGGAACUCGACUUGAGAUGCGAAGUCUUUGUGAAUAAUCCACUUCAUCCGAAUUCAGUGGAAAAUUUAUUCGGGGACUUUGGAGAUCACGAGAGCUUUGUGGCAACCAAAUUGCGCAACGUUGAAAACCGAGCAGCUGCAAUUUUGUCGUCAUCCGCUACGAUGGGCACUUAUAAACUUAUCUCUGUUAGUCAUCCACAGCUUUUGCAUAACUAUACCAACGAUUUCGGCAUCAUCGAGACCGUUUUCACAUACAGUACCUUGAGCUGGAUCACCGGAAUCGGCACCUUGCUCGGAAGCAUCAUCCUCAAUCUUCGUCGUGUCAUCACCGCCAAACCCUUCAGACCGGAAGACUUGUUGGAAAUUAUUUCCAAAUACAGCGUCAAUCUUCUUUUGUUGCAACCCGAUCGUCUGAAUGCCACUCUUCGAUGCCCCAAGAUCGACGAAACAAACAUGGAUUCUUUGUAUGUGGUCAUGGUAACCGGAAAGCCCCUCAGUCCCCACAUGAAAGUCAAACUCGAGAAAUAUUUGACGAUGGGAGCGAUUGUUACGACUUACGGCAUGACAGAAAUGGCUGGCACCAUCACAAGUUCUUUGUACAGCUCAGACAAGGAAGGUUCCGCGGGAGUUUUGGUCGACAAUACUCGCGCUAAAAUUUGCGACGAAUUCGGUUAUCCCCAAGAUCCACGACAAGUCGGCGAAAUUUGCAUCCACGGCGAAUUCAAGUUCUUGGGAUAUUAUAACAACCCGAAAUUAACUGAGGCCAGUCUCGAUGACGAAGGAUAUUUGAAAACUGGCGAUAUUGGAUAUUUUGAUGAAGAAGGCGAACUUUAUAUUGUCGAUCGGAAAAAAGACACAAUUGUUGUGGGAAAACAUUUUGUCUACCCGUCGAUCUUGGAAGGAAUUAUUUUGGAACAUCCCGGUGUUUAUGACGUUUGUAUCAUUGAAGUGCCCCAUCCAGAACUGAGUUUCAUUCCAGUAGCUGCUGUUAUUAGAGCAAACGGUUCGAACGUGACUGCGAGUGAAAUUGUAGAAUUUGUAGCGAAACGACAACCGCCAGAGCUGCAACUGAAAGGAGGUGCCGUUUUCGUUAAUGACCUCCCAAAAACAGCCUCGGGUAAAUUCAAGAGAUACCUCGUGCGAGAAACGGUGACGAAGCAGUUGGCUGAUAACAAUAAGCAAAUGCGAUAAACGAUAUUUAUUAAUUUUUAAUUUUAAUGUUAAGGCUCACUACUCAUUGUAAAUAUAUAUUUAUACCAAUUAUUGUAAUUUUAAAUGAAAAUAAAUGAUUUA